AUGGCGGUGAGAUCAAAGCGUGUUAGUGAUCCUCUAGACGAACGAGUCAAGGAUCGAAUCAUGGGUCGUGACAUGCUAGAAACCGUGUGUGGUGGCCAAUGUAGUACUGCUAAUGCCAGCCAAAUCGAUCAUUGCUAUUCAUCCUCAUCAUCGACAUCUCGUUCUCUUUCUUAUCUUGUUAAUUGUUUUGAAGAAGAUGUCAUCACUGAUAAAGUAGAUGAUGGGUGUCAUAUACAUGAAAAUGAUUCUGAUUCUGAUUCUGAUUUUAUGGAUGCAAAACAGGAAGAAAUGAAUUCCACACUGCAUAAUAUAAAUGGUGAUGAUCACUUCAGAAACAUCCUUUUAGCCAAUGUUACAAAAGCUAUAGAGAUAUUUCGUCCUAUAAUUACAUCUAACACGCAAAUUCUCAACCGUAACGUUACGUUAUAUCUUCAAAACCUUGGCUACAACGCGGCCAUUUGCAAGACAAAAUGGGAGAGCUCAUGUACAGCCGGUAACCAUGAGUUCAUUGAUGUCAUUCGAACAUUAGAUAACAUCAAUGUUCGUUACUUGAUUGACCUCAACUUUGCCCAAGAGUUCCACAUAGCAAGACAAACAAAACACCUCCAACGUUUGUCAAACAAAUUGCCCGUUGUUUUCGUUGGUAAAAGCGAAGAUUUGAAGGUGAUUGUGAAGUUAAUGUGUGACGAAAUAAAGCGAUCACUAAAGAGCAGAGGAUUAUUUGUUCCUCCAUGGAGAAAAAACAGGUUUAUGCAAAACAAGUGGUUUGGCCCAUACCGUCGAACAGCCAAUUUAUACACCCUGUCGUCUAAGAUUUCGGUUCCCAUAAACAACAGGAUAUCAAGUAGUAUCAAAUGCAACAGUAUGGUUGGAUUUCAAGUUGUUGACAGUGUUUCAUUAGUCCAUGCGGCAUCCCGUACAAGAUAACUUGCUUCAAAUAUAUAAUAGUAUUGUAAUUUAUUCUAGAAGAUCGGUAUGCAUUAUUAAUCGUUAUGGUUCUAAAUUAAAUUUCGAUAAUAAUAUGGAGUUGUUAAGUGUA